AUGGAAUAUACAGGAAUGUAUAAUGAUGAUUUUGUUUCAAUCAACUACUUAGAUAUUCCACCAAAUUCUUCAACAAAUUCUUCCUACUUAUCCUCUACUAAUAAUCCACACAUUACGACCGUCACACCGUUAUCAUCACCACCAUCCUCCUUAUUGUCUCCCACCAUUCCAAUCCCCUCUUCUACAACUUCUACCACAUUAUUUGAUAAGAUUAAAUCUUUUAAAACUUCUUAUAACAAUCAAAGAAGGAACACUUUGCAAUUCUCAAUAUGUAAGAAAUCGGGAUGUAACAAUCGUUUGAUCAUUGACGAUAGUAAAACCAUGGGUUAUUGUAGCAUGAUGUGUCAAUUAAAUGAUUGGUCUCAACCUUCUACCUUGACUGAUUCAAUUAAUGAUGACUGCGGAUUGGGUGAGGAAAGUCAAUUGAACCUUGGAGGAAAUAACGAAUUAAGUGGGAUGAAUGCCGGUAAUAGGUUUAGCGGUAUCAAUUUCACGAAUUUCGGUGCGACAAAAAGGGAGAAUGAUAAUGGUACGAAUAUUAAUAAUCAGCAAAAUUAUUUUGCCUUAAAUAAUAGCGGUCCCGAUAGAACUGUUCAACCACAACAACCAUUGAGUUUUGAUCAUACAUCAGAAUUUAUUAUAAUGACAACAUGCUCGACUUGUUCGUUAUUAAAUGAUUCUAGAUCUAUUAUGUGCAUAUUUUGCCAUAAUCCAUUAUCAACACAAGAGUUAAAUAUUCCUUAUCUAAACGACGAUUUUAACGAACCAGUUCAUCAACCUCAUUCACUUCCAUCCCAACCGCAAAUACAACAGCAGUUACAACAUCAAAUACAACAACAAUCACAACCACCACCACAACCAAAACCACAACCACCUAUUCAACAACAAUUGCCAUUUCCUCGACUUCAUUCGCAUCCUUCCCAACCACUAAUACAACAACAUUUAGAACAACUGCAAAUAUUACAAUUACAAAUUCAACGACAGUUACGACCACCAAAUAAACAACAAUUUCAACGACAGUUACAACCACAAUUUCCAUUCCAACCACAAACGCAAGAACAGCUGGUACAACAUUUGCAAAUGCAACAAAAUGUUCAACUGCAAAUGCAACAACAACAACAAAUUCAAUCACAAGUGCAACAAUCGCAAGUGCAACAACCGCCGUUACAACCUAAACGACAAUUACGACCACAUGCACUACAUGCACUACUACGUAGAAAUAAACUACAAAAUUUACAAUUACAACAAAAAUUAUUACAACAACGAUCGAAACAACCAAAAUUAAAACGAUUACAAUCUACAUCACAUCUACAAGCAAUACCGCAAUCGCAACCACAACCACAGUUAUUAAGUAAUUUUUCUAUUCCGACAUCAAUUCCUUCCUCCCCCGCGUCCGAUCCAACCAAUAAAUGCGUAUUAUCAAAAACUAAAUUAAAAGUUCUUUUCGAGGGAGAUGCAGAAUAUAACCAAAUACGGGAUUAUUUUUAUAAUGGCUUACCUCACGCUAAUAUACAUUCUAUAAUUCAAUUACAAAUGCCUACUAAAUUAAUUAAUGCUCAUGCACGAUAUAAACAUAAUUUAUUAUUAAAUAAUUUAUCGACAACACAAGAUGACAGUUUGGAUAUGUUUACUAAUAGAAUGUUUCAUGGUACCAAAAUUAGUUGUAAUCCUAAACGGCUCAUUAAUGGACAUAAUAGUUAUUGCAUGUUUAACUGUGGUAUGUGCGGUAUAUUACAAAAUGGCAAUCAAAGAAAAUAUAGUAGAUUUAAUGGAAGAAUGUGGUUUGCUAAUAGUUCGGCUAUUUCACUGGGAUAUUGUAAUUUAUCAACUUCCAGAACCAUAUUUAAUUGUACACCUUUUGCUUCCAAAAGUUCUUUAUUGGCCAUGUUUGUUGUCGAUGUUGUUUCUUAUAAUUCUAGUGAUAUUAUCAUCGUUGAUAAAGAUGAGGCUACGCUACCUAGAUAUUUGAUAUUAUUUGAAAUCGGAUGUUAA